UAUCCAGGUGUUCGUAAAACGUGAAUUCUAUUUUGUUUUCUGGCUUUCUCGUUCUUUUCGUUUGAGAACGUUUCGUGGAGUGUGUGUUGAGUUUUAUUUUAGCAAAUUAAUUAAAAAUAAUCGUCUUCCAUCAUGAGGAUUUACAAGGAUAUCUUCACCGGAGAUGAAAUGUUCUCUGACACAUACAAAAUGAAACUAAUCGAUGGCGUUGUAUAUGAAGUAUACGGCAAACACGUAACCCGUAAACAGGGUGAAAUUCAAUUAGAAGGUUUCAACCCAUCAGCCGAAGAAGCUGGUGAAGGUAGCGAUGAAAACGUUGAAUCCGGAGUUGAUGUUGUAUUGAAUCAUCGAUUGGCUGAAUCUUUUGCUUUUGGUGACAAAAAAUCGUACACGCUUUACUUGAAAGAAUACAUGAAAAGAUUGGUAGCCAAAAUGGAAGAAAACAAAAGCGAUGAAGUCGACCUUUUCAAAUCUAAUGUCAAUAAAGUAAUGAAAGAUAUUUUGGGAAGAUUUAAAGAUUUACAAUUUUUCACUGGUGAAUCUAUGGACACCGACGGCAUGGUAGCUUUCUUGGAAUACAGAGAAAUCAAUGGCGACAGUGUACCCGUAUUGAUGUUUUUCAAGCAUGGUCUUGAAGAAGAAAAAUGCUAACCCUCAUGAUAUCGUGUUUUUGGCGCAAUUUUUGUAAGAUUUUUAAAAAAAUACAUUACGUUAUAAUAUCUUGAUAGUGAAUGAGCUACAUGUUGCAAUCUACUCCAAAACAGCGAACUUCACGUUCACUGAACGGUUGUCACAUUCGGCAUUUUAUAUUUUCAAAUACUAUUUUGCAAUCAGACUUUUAAUGUAUUCGUUAUGUUGGAUGUUUUAUAUUAAUAUAUUUAUUUUCCGAAUCUACAA